ACUCAAACUCGAACUCUCUAUGGAGCUCAGACACGAGUAGAGCAGCUCUCCGAAACAGUGUGGUCUUCGGUGUGAUGAGACAGAAGUAACCCGUUCCUGAGGAGCUGUGUGACCGUAGACGUUUGUUGACCGGCAGCGAUGGAGCGGCCGGCGCACCUGAGCAGCAGCCAGUCUGUCAUGAGCGGCCUGGACAAAUCUCCUGCUUCAGCCUUCAAACCAGGGCACUCGCGCAAUAACAGCUCUGGCUCAUCGUCCAGACACUCCAGACAGAACUCCAGAGACUGGGAGAUUGUGACGGAUCGGCCGCCUCAUGUCGGUGCUCCUGGUGCGUGCGUGGAGAAGAACAGCAUUCCGGGCAUUUGUGAGGGCUAUCUGAUGAAGAAGAGGAAGUACCCGCUUCAGGGCUGGCACAAGAGAUACUUCAUGUUGGACAAAGGAGUCCUGAGAUACGCCAAGACCCAGCAGGACCUUGCGAGGGGGAAGGAGCACGGCUUCAUGGACGUUAGCCUCGCCGUCAUGUCCGUCAACAAGAAAUCCAACCGUAUUGACCUGGACGCCGGACAUAACUUGUAUCACCUCAAGAUCAAGAAUCAUGACAUGUUCUACAUUUGGCUGACCAAGCUGACGGCCCAUCGCAUGUAUAAGAAGAAUGAGGCGAUGUACAUCCACCAGGGCAUCCUGCAGGCGCUCUCGGCAGGAAACAGCAACUCGCUGCCCGCCAUGGCCAGCCUCGCCCAGAGAAACAGGGCCAUGAUGGACAUGCUCCCACAUUACCAGAGCAAUGCAUCCUUCUACCAGCCCAACAUCCUGGACACCCCCUCUGCCUCCUCUGCCCAGGUCAACAGCAAAGUCUCCGCCUGGCUCCAGCAGAGUCAGGAGGCAGACUCCUGUCAGAAAGAGCUGGCCCGCUGUGAGCUGGACCUGGCCGAGCUUUCUCGUCUGAUCCAGAGUCUUCACUGGCUGGAAGGAGAUCUCCCCAUCACUGACUGUGACCUGGAGCGCAGGAUCAGCAUGCAUAAUCUGGCUCUGGAGAAGCCGAAGAAGAAGGUGGGGAAGGUUUGGGGGCACAACCGCACUCUGUCCCACGGCAUGUUGUCUGCGUCGUCAUCAGGUUUAGGCGCGUCUCUGCAGUCCAUCCCGCACUACGUUUACUCUCAGCUGUCCACUCCGGGGGUCACUUCACCUGAGGGAAAGAAACUGCAACAGGAGAUCUGCACCGUCUCCCAGAGAGUCCAUGCGUCUCUGAAGUGUGUUCAUGAGGUGUUGUCUCUGGAGCGGGAGCGGCUCCGGCAGGCCUGGACCGCACCGGACCUCCGCCAGUCCACAACUGACCAGCUGGCCACACUGUGCACGACACUGUCUGAGCUGGAGGUGCAGUCCCGUCUGACCAAAGUCCACUCGCUGUCCCUGUCCUCCGAUUCCACUGAGGAGUCCUUCUGCACCGUCCGGCAGGACCAGCCCCAGAGCCCCACUCAGACCCGCAGCAGGCUCUCUCUGGCCGAGUCCAUGGCUGAAUAUUUCGACGCCAACGAGGUGAUCGUGUCUGAGAACUUGUCUGAAAACGAGACCUCUGACGAGUCCGGACUGAGCGACGUCACCACCAGCAACUCCGAACCCGAGGAGGGAAACGCUGCGGUCAAUCGGCAGUACAGGGCGAGUGUGUCCAGUGCUCUUGAAGUUACCGCCGCCGCACCGAAGGAAACGGGCCGCCGGACGGUCCUGCCCGGUCGCUGCGCUGAUAACAGCCACAUCGGCAUCCUCAGCAUCCUCUACAACAACAUCGGGAAGGACCUGUCCCGCGUGUCCAUGCCCGUCGCCCUCAACGAGCCCCUCAACUUCCUGCAGCGGGUCAGCGAGGAGCUGGAGUACACAGAGCUGCUGGACAUUGCCAACCACACCGACGACCCCUACCAGAGGAUGGUUUAUGUUGCCGUGUUCUCCAUCUCCGGUUAUGCCUGGGCUUCCUGGAGGAACCGCUAUAAGCCCUUUAACCCGGUUCUGGGAGAAACGUACGAGAGCAUCCGAGAGGACCGCGGAUUCCGCUACAUGGCUGAGCAGGUGAGCCACCACCCUCCAGUUUCUGCCUGCCAUGCAGAAUCUGAGAACUUCACAUUUUGGCAAGAUCAGAGAUGGAAGAAUAAGUUCUGGGGGAAGUCGGUGGAAAUCGUCUCCACAGGGAUGGUGAACGUCACUCUGCCCAGGUACGGAGAUCAUUAUGAGUGGAAUAAGGCGGUGACCUGCAUCCACAGCGUGUUCAGUCAGCAGCGGUGGCUGGAACAUUACGGAGACGUCGUGAUCCGAAACCUGAAGAACGACGUCUGCAGCUGCAAAAUGACCUUCGUCAAGUCCCGUUAUGGCAGUGGGGAGAACAGUAAGAAUGAAGUGCAGGGGGUGGUCCUGGACCAGGCUGGCACUGUGGUGCACCGGUUUGGAGGUUCAUGGCACGAAGGCAUCUUCUGCGACACUCUGCCCAAUCCACAGUGCAUCUGGAAGCCCAAUGUUCAGCCUGAAGAUCAUUAUGAGUAUUAUGGAUUCUCUCGCUACGCCAGAGAGCUGAACGAGCUGACGCCUGAACUGAGGCCUCUGCUGCCCCCUACUGACACACGAUUCCGCCCAGACCAGAGGCUUCUUGAAGAGGGUAAAGUGGCUGAGGCCGAUAAGCGGAAGGAUGAGGUGGAGGAGAAGCAGAGGGAGCGGAGGAAGGAACUGACCAAAAGAGGAGAGGAACACAUCCCUCGCUUCUUCAGGAAAACUCAGGAUGACGCUGGAAGAGAGGUGUGGGUGAGCAAUGGCACAUACUGGAAGAUCAGGGAAAAUCCUGGAUUUGCAAACACCACAAAUCUGGACUUGUGGUGAAAACUGAUCAAUCAGGGACUCGACAAUAUUGAAAUAUU